CUGCGAGGUCAAGGAUUUCCCACGGAGGAGAGGAAUCGCAUUCCUACUAGUGCUCUCGUCUUCAAUCUCGUCGUGCUCUGCGCCUUCUUCCUCCUCCGGCGGAGACUAGACAACCUUCUUCUGGAGCACAACGGCGAGAUCCAGGUCCUGCUCGAGUUCAUGGAUGGCGGAUCCCUAGAGGGGAUUCGCAUCGCUAACGAGGCUGAUUUUGUCGGGUGUCGCUCGUCAAAUCUUGAGCGGGAUUGCUUACCUCCACCGCCGCAAGAUCGUCCACCGCGACAUCAAGCCCUCCAAUCUGCUGAUCGAUUCCAGCAAGCACGUCAAGAUUUCCGAUUUCGGGGGCGACUGGGCGAGCUUGAUGUCGCAGCCGCCGGAGGCUCCCGUGACUGCUUCCGGGGGAGUUCAGGGAUCUCAUUCGCUUGUUGUUUGCAGAGGGAACCAGGGAGGAGGUGGACGGCAGUCCAGUUGUUGAAUCAUCCUUUCAUCGUGAGGGGAAAUGGAGGCAGAAGAGAUGGGAGCCAGAACCUGCAUCAAUUACUUGGUGGGAAAUGA